UAAAAUUAAUUUAUUAUUAAUAUCUUUAUAUAUUUAAUAGAUUAAUAUAAAUAAUUAAAUAAAUGUAAUUAAUGAAAUGAACCUAAUAAAGCUAGUAUGACUUUUUUUAUGGUAGAUAAAAAUGGUACUUCUCUUUUAAUAGAGAAGAUAAAACUUGAGUUUAUACAUGCAAAUAUUAUGAUAACAUGGAUUUCUUAAGUACCAGACAAUGUAGACAAUUGUUAAUUGUUAGAUAAUUAGAGUAAUUCAGUGUUGGUGAUUAUAGUUUUGAAUGCAUUUUUGAAAUAUUAACAAACUGAAGUUAAACGAAAAUUAAUCUUUAUUCAAUUAUGACAUAAAAUAUUGAGUAAUUUGAUUUUUUUUAUCUAAAAAUAGGUAUAAAUUGAAUUAUAAAUACUAGAUUGAAAAUUUUUACAAAAAUAAACUUGUUAUAUAAUUAAUAUUUUAUAAGUUAUAUCAUUUAUAUAUUUUUCUGUUGUAAUAUGUAUUAUUAUUUUUAUUAAAGAGAUUUUUAUGAUUCGCUUCUGAUCACAACCAUAACUGUGAAAGAGGGAGCCAAAAUAGUGAAAGCUGAUACAUGGUUAUAACUUGCACCAUUUUUACAUUGAAUCUUCUCAUCAUACCUCCAUACAACUUUUGUAUGAGAAUAUUAUGACAUAUCUACUCCUCUUUCGCUCCUAUAUUAGCUCCUGUUUCCAAAUACAAAUUUUGUUAUAUAUGGUGAUCAGCAAAAGUUUUAGUAUUAAAAAAAGAGAGGAUCCUAUUAUAUGUUGAUGUUCAUAGCGGUUCCAUGUUUCCACGAACCCAUACUUGUUAAGAUCCUGUUUCUGUAAAAGAACAUAUUGAUCGUAGCAAAAAAUAAAAACUUAUUGCCACGAAUUGUGGGACAUGCAACCCAACGUACAUUUAUUACCUUAUAAACCAAAUACGUGUACACGUGCUAAUCAUACAGCUUCCGUUAAGUGGUAGCACAAUUUUUUUUUGUCGGCAAGUGGUAACACAAUGACUUUAGUUAUCGCUAUAAAACUGUUAAGUUUGGUUACAUGCACCCCCGUAAAUCCAAAGUUGCAUAGAUUGGCGUAGCCAGCCAGCCACAUGGCCACCACGUUCACAAGCACACUCCACAAGACACCGAAUCACGACGUGGCAGUUUAGCUUUUGCCACGUGUAGCUUAGUAACACAAACAUAAUCCAUAAGCAACUUGGAAGUUCGGACUUUGGACUUGGAGCGUUCUCUCUUUAGGAAAGGUACAAACGUACCAAUCAACUUGUGUCUAUCGUGAUUUCACUCACAAAGUCUAUACAUAAACUUCAAUUUAAAACUUAUUUUACUUUAUAAUUUUAUAUUUAAGGUUGAAAUAGAGUGGGUGUAUCAUGCAUAUAUAUGAAAGAAAUAGCGAUAUACUUAUUAUAUACGACUGUUAUCUCAGGUAGGAAUUGAAAAAGAUAUUUAGUCAUAUAUAAUAUAAGUAAAAUAAAUUUUGUUUAACUGUAUUUACUAUCUAGAGAAGUUUUUUUUUUGUCAGCACUAUCUAGAGAAGUUUGAAAUGCAAAUUUCAGUGUAUUAUAUAAUAUUAGAUGUACAUCUUAAGAAAAUGCCAAAAUGGACUUAUAAGAAAAAGAGAAUAUUUGAUUUAUGAAAUUAUGUGCGUGAUAAUCUCAUGUUAAUCAUUGGUUCCAAGUUAAGUUUUACCUUAUUAUCUGCACAAGUAUAAGUUCCAGAACGUUCGAAGAAUGGAUAUGCAGGUGCACCCAUUGCCUUGUACUCUUUCUGGAAAGUUCAGCUAAAUAUUUGACCAAAAAAGGCUUUGUGUAUCUAACUCUUCUAUUUAUAUGCCACAUACGUGGCCAAUCUCUUCACCACAUCUUCUUCCUCAAUUACCAUAAACCAACACACACCAAAAGCAGAGUGUUGUGUGUUUUCAAAAGACGCACUUCCCGCGUCUUUCUAAGCCUCCUUUUGUUUGUGUCGUCGUUGGUCUUCACUAAUUCAGAAACCCAAAUGAUUCGUCACGUCUCUUGCACCGAAACGUACGAAAAAAACAAUAUUAGGUCAAAGGUGUCAUCAUCGAAGGUCUAUUAUUGAUCAAAAGAAGGAAGAUGGAGCCGUCGUCGAGUUCGAGAGCGUGGUCAAUGCCGGUGCCAAUGAAAGGAUUGCAAGAACCAGGGCCAUGUCCGUUUCUAACAAAGACUUUCGAGAUGGUGGACGACCCAAACACAAACCACAUUGUGUCGUGGAACAGGGGAGGUAUUAGUUUUGUCGUGUGGGAUCCACAUUCUUUCUCCGCGAACAUUCUCCCUCUAUACUUCAAGCACAACAACUUCUCCAGUUUCGUCAGACAACUCAACACUUACUUUUGGAGGACCUCGACGAAGCGUUCGGCCUCCAGUUACUGCGAAAUGAUGGGAUUCAGAAAGAUUGAGGCAGAGAGAUGGGAAUUUAUGAAUGAUGGUUUCUUGAUGGGACAGAGAGACCUUCUCAAAAGCAUCAAGCGACGAACCUCCUCCUCUGCCCCUCCCUCGCUCCAUCACUCACAAGGCGAUCCCUGCGUCGAGCUCCGGCAAGAGAGGCAUGUCCUGAUGAUGGAGAUCUCGAGACUCAGACAGCAGGAGCAGAGAGCGAGAGGCUAUAUCCAAGCCAUGGAGCAGAGGAUCAAUGGAGCAGAAAAGAAACAGAGACAUAUGAUGUCUUUCCUGAGGCGUGCCGUGCAGAACCCCGCUCUUCUGCAGCAGCUGCUCGAGCAGCAGAGGAAAGAGCUAGAGGAGGCUUCGAUGGAUCAGGUCAAACCGGAGACAGUGGAACACGUUUCGGAGCUGGAGGCUCUGGCACUGGAGAUGCAAGGACAUGGACGUCAACGGACUGAGGAGGUGGAGAAGGAACUCGACGACGGGUUUUGGGAAGAACUACUGAUGAACAAGGAUGAAGGUGAAGAAGAGGACAAUGUGAACACAUGUUAGCUAGGUUCUUGUUCGAACCUAGUUAUCAAUAAAUUAAUGAAAUACAAAGGAGUUGUAUGAUAUUAAUAAUAGUACUGCUCGAGCAAUAAAAGCAAACAAUGAUGGAGAACCAGCAAGAUCAACGUCGUGUUUAGGGAUACAGACACAUAUAUUAUACAUAUAGCGUUGUAUGAACACCCCUAAGUUUUAUUUUAAAAAGAAAAUUCAUCACAA